AUGGGCUGCCUGAUACGACAACACUCCUUGUUGGCUCUCGUUCGUGACGACAAACAGCUUGGAGCUCGCGAAACACGGCCGCAACAGCACUGGAAGAAGUUGCGACAGAAAUACGCAAAACGAAGCCGGAAAACAAUAUGCUUGCAAACAGUUUCAUCUGCCCCUUUCCCCUGGCGAGCAGUUGGACCAUGGAUCGGCAAUAUGGACAUCAACUUUGAUGUCAUCGUGAAGGGGACAGCGCGGCCAAAAAUCCACGGUAACAAGAAGACCAACACGGUCGAAGAAGAGGGAGGAAUCUGGUGA